UCAUAUGAUUUUAAGGGAAGUCACUCUCAAUCAUUUCGUUUUCUCUAUAUAGUAUACUGUUUACAUAAAUAAUUCUGAUACUUGUUUGACUUAAUCUUUUAAUUUAAAUAUUUCAUUAUGGCAGGCGAAUCCAGCCACUUUAUAGAAGAUUUGGAAAGACUAAGCAGUGCUGGCCAAAUUCCAACAUCAAAGCUUCAAGAGCAUGCAGAGGUUGUUCGCAAGAAUAAUGUUAACUGGAAGAGCUAUUUACAAGGACAGAUGAUAUCUAGCGAAGUGUAUGAAUUCAUAUCAAAGUUUGAUAUUGCCAAGCCAGAAGAGAAGACUCUCAUGUUACAGAACAACCCCACCCAGUUUGUAACAGUGUUUCGCAUGCUAAUGGAAGGCAUAUCCCGUGACCAGACCUUGCAGUAUGUCUUGACUAUGCUUGAUGAUGUGUUGCAGGCUGACAAGUCCAGGGUUGAAAUUUUUAAAGAUUUUGCUCGCAGAAACAAGGAGAAUGUCUGGCAACCAUUCUUUCACUUACUUGACAGGGAUGAUAAAUUCAUUGUCUAUCAGGCUAGCAGAAUCAUUGCCAAAAUAGCUUGCUGGUCCAAGGAUCAGAUGGAGCGCAAGCAUCUUCAGAGUUACCUGGUUUGGUUGAAAGAACAAAUCAAACUGCCAAACAAUGAGUACCUGUUAUCUGCCGGACGCUGUUUACAAAUGAUGCUGAGAAUAAACAAUUACAGAAUUGUCUUUGUGGAAGUGGAUGGAAUUUCAGCCAUAGUUCAAGUGUUAGCCAGCAAUCCAAGUUUCCAGGUUCACUAUCAGCUUGUCUUCUGUCUCUGGUGUCUGUCCCACAAUCCUUCACUUGCAGAAAAAAUGAACAGAGGCAAUAUUAUUCCCACGCUAGCUGAUGUCCUCAGUGAUGCAGUGAAAGAGAAAGUCACUCGCAUUGUUUUGGCCACAUUCAGAAACUUGAUUGAGAAUGUUGAAGAUGAAAGCAUUCGCCAGGAGCACGCCCUCUCUAUGGUUCAGUGUAAGGUUCUGAAGCACAUUGAGCUGCUAGAAAAUCGUACCCAUCAGGAUGAAGAUAUUGUGGCAGACUUGAAGUAUCUAAGUGAAAAGUUGAAUGAGUCCAUUAGAAAUUUAAGCUCUUUGGAUGAGUACAUUACUGAAGUGAAGUCUGGUCGGCUGGAGUGGAGCCCAGUUCACAGAUCUGACCGCUUCUGGCAUGAAAAUGCUGCCCACCUCAAUGAGAACAACUAUGAAUUGCUGAAGAUGCUAAUUAGAUUGCUGGACACUAGCAAAGAUCCUCUGGUGUUGUCUGUGGCUGCCCAUGACAUAGGGGAAUAUGUCAGGUACUAUCCCAGGGGAAAACGCAUUGUGGAACAGUUGGGUGGCAAGCAGCUGGUUAUGCAGUACAUGCUGCACACAGACCCUAAUGUCAAAUAUGAAGCUCUCAUUGCAGUACAAAAACUCAUGGUGCACAACUGGGAAUAUAUUGGUAAGACAGUAGACGUCAACCAACCUGCCCUGGGAGGAUCAGCUCCAAAACGAACCUAAAUAACUUUGAUGAGGAGAAAAUAAAAGAAACACCUUUCAGAUCAAGUGUUCAUUCUUGGUCUCGUUGCAUAGCCACUGAUCAUUCCUCGACUAGGUCAUGUAUAACUCUAAUGUUUCAUUAAACUUUGUAUAUAAGAGUAUGGACAUUAAAUUUUUCAUUGUAUUCACUGAGUAUCAAAAAAAUAAUCUAGAGUUUCUGAUUUCACAUACAAGAAAUAGCUAGAGUUCCAUAAGAUAGAAUGCAUAUGUGUAAUUUUUUUUUUGGUGUAUUGAAUAGCAAUGUACACCAUUUGAAUAGUAUACCCUUUCUAUUAUCUAAUCUUAAUAGAAACAUCUUGUAUUGUAUUUAUAGACUUUAAAACUGACUAAAAAUGUUGGAAGUUUUUUUUUAAGCUUUACAUCUUUUGAAUUUAAUUUAGACUUAAAAUAAAUGUUGGUGUAUAUUCUAUUAUAAAAUUUAUUAUUAUUAUUUCUAUUUUAAUAAAAGAAACUAGAAACAUUGUAAAAAAUUAUUUUUUUUUACACAUUUGUGAUAUUUGUACUGGUAACUCUGGUUGCCACAGAUUUCAUUGUGUCUAUAUUGUAGACUUAAACCUCUGUAUAGUUUUACAAUACACUAUAUAUAUUAAAAUGACCUUGUGUCCAUUAAAAAAUAUAAAUUGUUAUGGGAAGCUUCUCAUUGAUUUAACAUUUUGUAUGGGACCAAAUUUUUGACUGAAUUUUUUUUUUGAGUAAUCACAAUAUAAUAGAUUUUUUUCUUUGCUCAAAAUUAAAAAGGGAAGUCAAGUUCAGCUUGAUGUUGCAGUUUUCAGCAUGUGUGUGUGUAACAGUUGAUUUUCAAAGUCAUCUUGUCAAUCAACUUAAGCAUAGCAUGACAGACACUUUAUAAAUAUCAAAUAUAUAGUCUGGUAAAGCAUACUUGACCUUAGGGAUAUCUAUAUUUGGUUGCCUGUUUGUGUGGUAUGUGUGUUGAACUGUUGUUCUCUCACUGGUUCCGGGCCCAUACCCUGCUCGCUGCCACCCCAUGUCAUCCUGCAGGAGGUUUGGACAAGGAAAUAGAUUAUUUUCAACUCUGAAGGAACAUCUGAAACCUGUACAGUCAAAGCAGCUAGUUGGAGCUAAUCUAAAACAAAAAAAAAAAGGUAAUAUUGGUCUGAAAGGUCUCAAGAAAAGUUUUCCUAUACGGUGGGACAACAAUAAAACAAAAGAGUUAUUGACUUUGAAAUCAGAUUUGCUGCCUGAGGGAUGAAUCCAAAAACUGAAUGGAUGGAUAGAAAUAUUUUAAAAAAAUGGGUAUAAAGAAAUUUGAUUAAAUUUUAAGACUAGAUUUUCUUUCUUAUGUUAUUGCUAAACUACUAAACUGUUCAAGUUAGUAAGACAUGCAUUGAAAAAAACAUAAACAUUUUUUGUGUAAAGUUUGUGUACUGUAGGUUAGAAUGAUAAUGAAAGUUGACUUGGUGACUUUCUUUUUAAAACUUGGAUGUAUUGAAGGCUGGAUUCACUGAGAAAUUCCAAGGGUAGUUAAUUUUUUGUCAGAUGUUUCUAGAGCGUAGUUAGAGUAAUUCCCCUUGAUCAUUUUAAUGUGAUAUUUAUCCUAUUUAUAUAUAUAUAUAUAUAGCUCGGUGUACACAGAAGUUCAUGUUGUUUUGUAAUGUGUGAGAGUGUAGCCCAAAUGUGAGGAUAAAUGUGAUGAUUUGAUUAAGCAGCGCAGAGAUUCCAUUGUGUUGGCUUGAUGUUUAGAUAGUAAACUGUAGCAUUACAUCCAUUCCUGUAUCUUUGAAUUUCUUCUCCUCUUCCUAGAUGAUGUACAUGCAAUUAUUUUCAUGUUAGUUUGAAAGUGUAACUGGCAAUGUGUUAUAUGAGAUUUCUUGAAAAAGAAAAGAAGAUGAAAAAUUACAAAC